CUUUUUCUGCAUGAUAAACUGCAGCUAUCAUUUUAUUGCUUGAUUGUGUCAAAUUGUUAUCAUCGUGGAUCUGCUAUCAUAGAUCAUUUCUCUUUUAUCGCAUCAGCUUGCUACCAAAUAAAAGGAAGCAUGGAGGGAUGUGAUAAGAAAGAGCAAUCCAUGAUAAUGUUUCUAGGAAAAUGGCUUUACACAAUGAAGCAAUCAAUUGAUUGUUGUUGUUUAUCAUGUGGUGAAAUGUAGAUUCUGUCACAUAAAUGAUAAUGCGUGUUGGCCCCCAAAAAAUAAAUGUGCAGAUACUAACAAUGAAAACAUAUUCACUCUACAAGGGUCAAAUGAUAACAGGUUUUGCUUUGCUAGCUUUUCUAGGGUAGAUGCAGGAUGCAGAGGGUUUGUGCUGAAUAAUUAAAAUCCAAUGAUCUUUCUAAUGAUGCACAUGUAGCUUCAGCAGAAGGCGGGAGAGAGCUAGAAACUCAUCAGUCUGUUUUGAUCAACAUUUGUGUAGGUCGCACAACAGAUUCAGUGAAAUGGAACAUGAUGCAGGGCCCCAACCUUUUAAAGUAGAAACAAGAAACAGGAAGAUCAGGCAACAAUCGGUCUCCACAAAAAAGAACUUUUGAGAUCAAAGUACUAGCUUUGAACUACUUUGUACACGCUUAACCUCGAGGGGUAUGAUGAGAAAUGGCUUUGGGGAACAACACACAGCGAAGUUACUCCAUCAUCCCAUGCUUCAUCUUUGUCGAGCUCGUCAUUAUGGCCGGGACGGUUCUCCUCGCCUACUAUUUUGAGUGCACGGACACUUUCCAGGUGCAUAUCCAAGGCUUCUUCUGCCAAGACGGAGAUCUGAUGAAACCUUACCCAGGAACAGAGGAUGAAAGCUUCAUUUCUCCACUUGUCCUCUAUUGUGUGCUGGCUGCUACCCCAACAGCAAUUAUUUUUAUUGGAGAGAUAUCCAUGUAUUUCAUCAAGUCUACCCGAGAGAGCCUGAUUGUCCAGGAGAAAACCAUUUUGACAGGAGAAUGCUGUUACCUGAAUCCUUUACUCCGAAGAAUUAUCCGAUUUAUAGGAGUGUUUGCAUUUGGCCUUUUUGCCACAGACAUAUUUGUAAAUGCUGGCCAGGUAGUGACGGGGAACUUGACACCCUAUUUCCUGACUGUUUGUAAACCCAACUACACUGGGAGUGACUGCCGGGCUCAUCAUCCAUUUGUUAACAACGGAAAUAUCUGCACCGGAGACCAGGAAGUGAUUGAGAAGGCAAGGAGGUCCUUUCCAUCCAAACAUGCUGCUUUAAGCAUUUAUUCAGCCUUAUAUGCUACAAUGUACAUCACUAGCACAAUCAAGACAAAGAGCAGUCGGCUUGCCAAGCCAGUCCUGUGCCUGGGAACUCUUUGUGCCGCGUUCCUCACUGGGCUCAACCGAGUCUCUGAGUAUCGAAACCACUGUUCAGAUGUCAUUGCAGGCUUCAUCUUAGGAAGUGCAGUGGCCCUCUUUCUGGGAAUAUGCGUGGUUCAUAACUUCAAAGGCACACAUGGAACUCUUUCUAAAUCCAAGCCAGAGGAACGACGGGGAAUGCCCCUGAUGGCGUUUCCAAGAGUGGAAAGUCCUCUGGAGACUUUGAGUGCACAGAAUCACUCCACCUCUAUGACUGAAGUAACCUGAUCUGACAGAUUGGAAGAGAAGCUAUUUUUUAUCACCCUCCGGUACAAUACUCCCUCCAGAACACACAGUUAUACUAAUUGUCAGACUGUGAUGACCAGUAUUAUGUUAUGUCUAGUUAGAAGCUAAUGUUUUGUACAUUUUUGUAUGACAAAGUGAUGUAGCUUGCCCUGGAAUUUCCCCCCUUUUUGGUCAGCUUUAAUAUAUUUAUGCCAGAAUUUAAAACAAAAAGAAAACAAACAAGAAAACAAAAAACAAAAAAACCAGAAACAGGAAAAAAAAACAUUUUUAAAAAAGCGAGACUUUUUCUUGUUUAAAAUGUGUUCUGAGGCACUACAUCUUUGGGAAUUGUUGAUGUUUUGUGAUAUUUGUACACAGACCUUUUUUUGGUUUUGUUUUAUAUACAAUAAAUCAAAUGAUCAUUAUAAUACUAA